AUGUUCGAAUUAUCGCGCGUUCGUGGUGACGUUGGCUCAUUGAGUUCUGAAUUUCGACUCUAUCAUCUUGAUCUGAAACGUGGAUGUGAUAUGUGUGCUUCUAAGGUGGAUGAAGAUACGAGGCGUUUCCAUUUGGUUGCGAGUAAAUAUGAAACGGAUAAAUGCAGAUUGAAGGAGCAACUGAUCGCAAAAGAUGAAGAAAUGGCACAGUUACGUGGCGUAAUCGAUAGUAAAACUCGCCAAUUGCUCGUUGCAGACCGAGAUUUGCAUCUUGCAAAUGAACGGGUGAUCAGUAUCCAGAAAAAAUUAGAGGACAAAUUAUUCGUUGGUAAGAUUACAGAUAUUUUGUUGCUUCAUCAAGACUAUACGUUAAUGCUCGCGCAUUCGUAA